AACCCUUUCAUUACAAAAUAUAAGCAACAAAUGGAGGUUAAUAAGUCAAGGUUAUUAUUGAUUAUCUAUGUUACUCUUCUUCUAUUGUCCAUGAAAUCCCAAUCUGCCAUCAUUUCAGAAAAUGAAACAGAUCGAUUAGCUUUACUUGCCUUCAGAUAUGAAGUAGGCGAUCCACUUGGAGCAUUGAGCGCAUGGCACGAUUCUUUGCACCACUGCAACUGGACAGGAAUCACCUGUAGUAGUAGUCAGUAUCCUAGCAGGGUCACCAUCAUGGAUCUAAGUGUUAAAAGUUUGGUUGGUUCAAUAUCUCCGCAUAUCGGAAACAUUACAUUCUUAGAAACUCUCGACCUCCACCAGAAUAGCUUCAAUGGCCAAAUUCCUCAGGAGAUUGGUCAUUUGUCCGGUCUUCGGUUUCUUGAUUUGUCGGAUAACUCGCUAGAAGGAGAAGUUCCAUCAGAUAUAUGCAAUAAUACUAAAUUGGAAAUGAUUCAUUUUGGAAGGAAUAGACUGCAAGGUGAAAUUCCGCCUAGUCUUGGCAACUGUCAUAGCCUGCAAGAUUUGAGCCUUCCACAAAAUCAGCUUAGAGGUACCAUACCAAAACAGGUAAUGAGUCUUUCUUCACUUUCAGUCCUAGAUUUAUCUGUGAAUUUGUUAUCGGGGAAUCUACCUUACGAGGUUGGUAACUUAGAGAAAAUUCUGUACCUAGACCUAUCAAAAAACCAUAUAUCUGGUCAGAUUCCAUCCUCUCUAGGGCAGUGUCUUGGUUUACAAAACCUUUAUUUACAAGGUAACUUAUUUGAUGGGGUUAUACCUUCAUCCUUGCAAAUUGUAAGUGGAGUUGAAAUCUUAGACCUUUCUCGCAAUCGCUUGUCUGGUCAAAUUCCAGAGUUCCUUGGGUCAUUUGUUUCACUCAGAUUUCUGAAUUUGUCUUUCAAUGACUUUCAAGGCGAAGUCCCUAAACAAGGAAUUUUUAAGAAUACAAGGGCAUUCUCAAUCCUCGGAAACGAUAAGUUGUGUGGCGAAAUUCAUUUACCGAGUUGCCCGAGACCUGGCCCUGAAAAUAACCCAGGCAAGCAUUUUCCUCUAAUCAGAGUCAUCAGACUGCUCCUGAUAAUAUUUGGAGCAGUCCUCUUUGCUGUUUUUUGCUGUUUGUUUCACAUAUUCAUUUGGAGGGUAAAGGCACAAAUAAGACCUUCUACUUCUUUUGAAUCUCCUCUUGGUGAUGUGUUUCAAAAAGUCUCAUACAACGAGCUUCGGAGUGCAACAAAUGGAUUCUCUACAGAUAACUUAGUGGGAGUUGGAAGUUACGGCUCCGUAUACAGAGGAGUAUUAACACUAAACCAAGAGACAACAACAGUUGUUGCAGUAAAAGUACUAAAUCUUCAAAGACGAGGAGCUUCAAAACGUUUCAUGGCUGAAUGUCAAGCACUGAGAUGCAUUCGUCAUCGAAAUCUCGUAAAGAUACUGACUUCUUGCUCUAGUGUUGAUUUCAAGGGAAAUGAAUUCAAAUCUCUAGUGCUUGAGUUCAUGCCAAAUGGGAGUCUUGAGAACUGGUUGCACCCAACAUCAAAUGACGAACAACUUCGUAGAUCGACAAGGAGGUCAUUGAGUUUCAUGGAGAGAUUAAAUAUAGCGAUUGAUAUUGCAACUGCAUUAGAUUAUCUGCAUCGUCAAUGUCAAACACCUAUAGUUCAUUGUGAUUUGAAGCCAAGCAACGUACUACUGGACGAUGACAUGACUGCACAUAUUGGCGAUUUUGGAUUAGCUAAGUUCCUUGGUGAAGUCAUUAUCCAUGUUGAAUCUCAAAGCCAUACUAGUAAUCCUUCUGUCGGAAUAAGGGGCACAGUUGGGUAUGCUGCUCCAGAGUAUGGAAUGGGUACAGAGAUAUCGAAAAACGGAGACAUUUACAGCUUUGGGAUCUUGUUGUUGGAGUUGUUUACUGGAAGGAGACCUACUGACAACAUGUUCAAGGAUGGGUUAAGCCUUCAUAGCUUUGCAGCGACAUCUCUUCUUACUGACCGAGUAAUGCAGAUUGUUGAUCCUAUACUACUUGUUCCUGUGCAAUUUCAAAGUCAGCAUGACAUUAUAGAUGAUUUACUGAUCAAUGGGGACAUGGAGGCCAAGUUAUGCGAGGCUUUGACAAGGAUUGUCAAACUUGCUGCUGCGUGUUCCAGUGAAUCACCUAAAGCGAGGAUGGAAAUAGUACAGGUCGUGAAAAUGCUGAAAUCGAUCAAGAAUUUAUAUUUUUAUCUGAAAAUUGGAUACAUUAUAAAGAAACAAGGGAAGGGUUACAACCACUUACAAGAAAGGAACGAAAGAAUUUACAACUCAGAAAUCAGAAUCAUGAAACCAAAAUGCUCAUACAAUUCUUUGGCCCCUAUACAUACUUGUAAUAAUAAUUACAGCCCAAAACGGUAAUGAUCUUGACACAGAAAUUUCUAUUUUUGUCUAAUUUUUUAUCCAUGUUUAAAUUGUUAAAGUGUAGUAUAAAAAAUUGUUUAAA